GCCGCUGAAAAAAGGCGAACAAUAUUUGUAUAGAAAUUGACAAAAUAUAUAAAUAACCAUAGUGCAACUGAGAGAAAAAAAAGACAUGUCCAAAUCCCAAGUCUGAAUAGUUCAGAGAAUUAAAGACUUAUUUAACAUUUUUAUCCUCAGUUCCUCAACUAUGCAGUAACAUUUUUAUAAAAGAUUAGAAUCAUGAAACUUAUAUUUUGUAGGUUUUUAGCUACUGGUGAUUCGUUUAGAACAAUAGCUACCAAUUAUCGACUCGGACAUUCAACAGUGCAAUCGAUUGUCAUCCAAGUAUGCGAAGCGAUAAUAGAGAAUUUAAUGUCUCUAACAAUGCCAAAGCCUACAGCAGAUCAAUGGAAAAAAAUUGUCGAAGAGUUUUGGGAUAUUUGGAAUUUUCCAAACUGUAUAGGCGCUCUUGAUGGAAAACAUGUAGUCAUUCAAGCCCCCGCAAACAAUGGAUCUCAAUUUUUCAACUAUAAGAAAACGUUUUCCAUUGUCCUUUUAGCAUUAGUGGAUGCACAUUACAGAUUCAUCGCAGUAGACAUAGGGGGAUAUGGUAGGAAUAGCGAUGGAGGUCUAUUUGCCAAUUCUAAAUUGGCCAAAGCCCUUGAAAAAAAUAAAUUGGAUGUCCCAAAAGACAAUGCGCUUCCUAAUACGCAGAACAUUAUGCCUUAUGUCAUAGUUGGAGAUGAGGCAUUUCCGUUAAAAAAAUAUUUACUGAGACCAUAUCCUGGUUCGCAAAUUCAGGGAGACAGAUCAAAAAGAAUUUUUAACUACCGUCUCUCACGCGCGCGAAGAGUUUCAGAAAAUGUGUUCGGAAUACUGAGCCAAAAAUUUCAGCUUUUUAAUCGAAGGCUGAAAUUAAAGCCAGAAAAUGCAGACAAAAUUAUUUUAACUAUAUGCAUUUUGCACAAUUAUUUCCGAGACUACAAUAUUAAUGUACAAGACCAUGCGCAUAAUCAAAACUCUGACACUGGUUUGCAAAAUUUACCACGACAAGGAGGAAGUGCUAUAAAUACUGCAUUUAUUGUUCGAGACGCAUUCAAGGAAUUUUUUAUCACAGAACAUGGCCGUGUUGAAUGGCAAGAUACAAUAAAUUAAAAACUAUUUUCGUAUAUUACUUAUUUUAUAUAGGUUAAAUAAAUAAAAUAAGUUAUUCAUCUUACCUGGCUGGUUCAUUUCCUUCGCAAUUCUUCUUCAAACAUUUUCUUUAAACACAUUAUCAUUAUAUUUUGGAUGGCUCAUUACAUACAA